AUGCCUGGCAGGCCAAAUAUCCCAGUCCGACGCUGGGAUGCGGAUACACUUGUUGCACCCGACUGGCUGAACAAUGGCGACAACGCCUGGCAGUUGACCGCCGCAACGCUGGUCGGCCUACAGUCGGUACCUGGCCUCAUGGUCAUGUAUGCUGGUCUGGUGAAAAAGAAGUGGGCCAUCAAUUCUGCAUUCAUGGUGCUGUAUGCCUUUGCCGCCGUCCUCAUAUGCUGGGUGGUGUGGGCGUACAAAGCGUCCUUUGGCAAGAAGAUGCUUCCUUUUGUUGGCGUUCCGGGACCAGCGGUGGAAAUGAAUUACGAGUUGAAACAAGCAUACCUGCCUGCUGCCGGCCUGUCCGCGGCAUAUCCCAUGAGCACGAUGGUUUAUUUCCAGUUCGUCUUCGCUGCGAUCACCUUGGUGCUUAUUGCUGGAGCUGGUUUGGCAAGAAUGAAUUUCUUAGCCUGGAUGGUCUUUGUACCCCUUUGGCUGACACUCAGCUAUACUGUGGGCGCAUUCAGCAUUUGGGGAGGUGGAUUUCUGUACACAAUGGGCGUCUUGGAUUACUCUGGUGGAUAUGUCAUCCAUGUCUCCUCCGGGACCGCGGGUUUUGUUAUGGCUUACUGGGUCGGACCACGUCAUCCACGAGAUCGUACAGAUUUCCAUCCAAACAACGUUCUUCUCGCAUUGGUUGGCGUCGGCCUCCUCUGGCUUGGCUGGAAUGGCUUCAACGGUGGUGAUCCAUACACCGCCUCGCCUGACGCCGGUGCUGCUGUGUUGAACACCAACGUCUGCACUGCGAUGAGCAUGUUGAGCUGGACCCUAAUGGAUUUGGUGUUCUUCAAGAAGCCUGCUGUGAUUGGGGCCGUUCAGGGAAUCAUCACUGGACUAGUCGCCAUCACACCGGCAGCCGGUUUCGUCGGAGGUUGGGGCGCCAUCAUCAUUGGAUUAUGCUCUGGGAUCAUUCCGUGGCUUUCAAUGAACAUCCUCGGCAAGCAGAAAUGGUUCCUGGAAUUUUCAGAUGAUGUCGUUGGAGACUUUCACACGCAUCUGGUCGGUGGCGUCCUGGGAGGAUUUUUGACUGGCCUCUUUGCCACCAGCGAGGGUACGGCAGCUUUCGCUCUCGCUCCGAACGGUGGCGCCAUUGACGGAUAUGGUCGACAAGUCUGGGUACAAAUUGUCGGCUUCCUCUUCGUGAUCGGGUGGAAUAUCUUCUGGACCAGUGCAAUUUGCUUGUUUAUCAAGUAUGUGUUGCGGAUUCCGCUGAGAUACAGCGAGGAGCAGCUUUUGAUCGGCGAUGGCGAAGUUCAUGGAGAGUUGCCAUAUGCAUUCUUCCACGAUGGACGACAUGAUUACGACGCCAAGUAUGGCCAGCCAGACCCGGAAAGAGCUGCAGGAAUUCUGGAGGGAAUGGAAGCUUCGAGGGAGGGUACUAGCGAAGAGGGUUCCAGCGGACAAGCAGCGAUCGCCAGUAAAGCUGACAAGCAAGCAUGA